GUAUGUUUAUAGAGAACCUAGAAAGUACUACAUAAAAAGUCUGAGAGCAUUUAUCAACCCUGUGAACCAUAGUACGCUCAACCCACAACCAUUGCCAACUUCGUUUGAUGUCACGUAUACCUCAGACCGCUCGUGCCAAAACCCCGACUCCUACCCCUCUGAAAGCAAGGGCUGCGCCGUCUCCAGUGCCGGCUAGAGCUCGCACAAAGUCUGCUACAGGUCGUUCUACACCUUCCAAAUCUGCAGUGAAAGAUGAUUCACCACCGGCCGUACCGACCUUGAGCGUCAAGGAAGCUAUAGCUUUGAAGCGCGCAGAAGCCAAGAAGGCACAAGAAAGAGCUCUAAAUGCUUCUUUGAACGAUUUGUCUUCCUUGGAAGACGCGAUACCUUCCAUCUCUGGCGCUGUGGUAGAAGAGGAGGAUGCUCUAGGUCGCUGGUCAGUGCGGGAAACAAUCGAACGGGGUCGAAGCUCAGGUGUUGUGAAUUUAACAGCGCGGUCUUUACCCUGCAUUCCAUCUGCCCUGUUCGAAAUACAUUUAGGCAUAACCCCAGAUCCUUUAAAAUCUGUUCCAAACGAGCCAAAUUUACCGCCUUCAGAUACAGUUCCUGCGCGACGCGGUGGAAAACGCGACAAUCCGGCCUGGUUUGAGGCGCAGGACCUCACGACUUUGAAAGUGUGGAGUAAUGAUAUCGCGGAAAUCCAGCACGAAAUAUCCAUGUUUGGAUCGCUCAAGGUUCUUGAUUUACACAAAAAUCAGAUAACAUCCCUCCCGAAAACAUUCGGAGACUUGACCAGACUAACGACAUUGGAUUUGUCGCACAAUUCCCUUACUUCUCUCCCUUCCAACAUUUUCACCUUCCCUGAGCUUUCGGUCCUCAACAUCUCGCACAACCAUUUCACUUCGUUACCUUGCAAUGCUCCGUUUGUAUCUUCAUCGGCCAAAAAGCAGAACAAUUCGAGCGGUGGCUUCUUCGGUCCUGUAAUCGCUCGCUCGUCCGUCCCACUACCCAAGCUAGUCAGCCUUGAUGCAUCUCAUAACAAGAUUACUGCAGAAGCCAUCGACCCGGAGAUACCAACAGCUCUUGUCAAAAUAAAUCUCUCGUUCAACCCUCUCGGCAAUUCCGCCGCCUUUAUGAACAAUAUAUCCAGGCUCUCAAAUCUUCAAGAACUCCGAAUGGAACAGGCUGAUAUCGGAGACGAGUCUUUCCCCGAAGAUAUCAACUCCUCAUCAAAACCCUCUUUCCCUCGACUUCGUAUCCUUGAUCUGGGCGAAACUCGGGUCACCACAGAUACCAUUAAAGCCGCUGUACAAAAAUUCCGACCACAACGUGAGAUCAGCCUUGAUCUGACUACAGAGAAUCCACCUGAAGGAGUUAUACUCGUGCUCGUUGGCAAAAAAGUUGUUCGUGAGGCGUGGGAGAUCGAAGCUGAGCGUAAAGCGAAAGUUCGUGCUGCCAAAUUUGCUCAAGAGGAGGGAAUCGAAUGGGGUGAUAGCCCACGCAGGUCAGUUAACAAGUCGUCUGGCUCAAGCUCAGGCGUGGUAGAGAAGGAAGCUUGGGAGAUAGAAGCUGAGCAGGGUUUACUAACGGAAGGCGGGAAACGAAGAGCUAAAGCGCAGGCAGCAGCAGCAGGCACUUCUGGAUCUACCUCGGCUUCUACGGCCAAGAGGCCAAUAUCAAAAGCAGAGAUUGUGAAAGAAGCUUGGGAAAUUGAAGCGGAACAGGGUUUGCUUACAGAAGGUGGCAGACGACGAGCUCGAGCUGCGGCCCUGGCUGCCGAGGCGAAAGAGAAGGAAAAGGCAGCAUUAUCCACUUCAUCACCUGCUCCUUCUCUAGCAAACUCCCAGUAUUACACUCGUGCAACUAAUGCGCUUGCUCUACCCGCAUCAACUCCUCCUUCGAAAGCAAUCAGCCACGGUAGAGCUUUUUCAUUCAAUCCUUCUUCCUCCGCAUUCACUGGAUCACCCUCUCCGAAUGAUUUUGCUGUGCCACUACCCUCUGCACCUUUAGCCGAGAUCGCUGCUCAACCUUUCGCUCUUACUCUGAGAGUUCUCACGCUUAACAACCGUCGCGCAGACCGGUCAUUCACUCUUCCAGCCUCAUACGGAUCAGCUCUACUCCCUAAUCUCGAAGAACUCGACUUAGAGGGAUGUAAUUUCGCUGACAACGUCUCCGUCGCACGCAUUCACUCAUCUCCUGAAGGAAGCAGUCCCAAUCGAUCCAGUGAACCUCUCGUGCCUCUUCUCGCAUCCCUCUUUCCAAGCUUACGUGUACUAAACCUCUCCUACAAUACCCUCACCAGCGCUUGUCUCACAACCGAUACACUUUCCGCCCUUAUACUCGAAGCCCCUCAUCGCAAGGGUCUCAAACAGCUCAUUUUACGCGGGAACAAGCUGACGGAGCUUGAUGGCUUUCAGGGCUUGGCGGAGAUGUUCAAAGGAAAUCGGGACGUCCCUGGGUGGAAAUUAGACGAGCUAGAUUUGAGGGAUAAUGAUAUCGGAAGGUUACCGGCAGAAUUGGGUAUGUUACCAUUGGAUGUAUUUUUGGUUGACGGUAAUGCAUUCCGCGUUCCUCCUCGAAGAAUUUGGGAGCGGGAGGGUACGAAAGGUUUGUUGAGCUGGUUAAGAGGCAGGAUGGAAUGA